AUGGCCGUUCUCCAAACAUCCAUUGCGAUCUUUGUUGCCCAUAUCUUCCUCCUACUCGGUCUUCCUUCAGCUUUGGUUGGCGCUGUCCCGGUGACAGUCCCAGUUACGCCUGUCAAGAAUGUACUCCAAGUUGCGACGAAUGGGAAAACACCUGCUGCGUCCUCUUACUGGGUUGCCAACGUGAAGCGCCAGGGUACCGUGCCCUUUGUCAAGAGUGCCGACUAUAAAGUGUUCCGAAAUGUGAUGGACUUUGGUGCCACUGGUGAUGGAUCUACCGAUGACACUGCCGCUAUCAACAAGGCCAUCUCCUCCGGUGGUCGCUGUGGAAAGGGCUGCGACUCGUCUACCACUACUCCCGCCAUCGUUUACUUCCCGCCCGGUACUUACGUUGUCUCCAAGCCGAUCGUGCAGUACUACUACACCCAGAUCGUCGGUGAUGCUGUUGACCUGCCCGUCAUCAAGGCCUCGCCCAAGUUCGCCGGUAUGGCCGUGAUUGACGCCGAUCCAUACGAGGACGAUGGCUCCAACUGGUUCACCAACCAGAACAACUUCUUCCGUGCCAUUCGCAACCUGGUCAUUGAUUUGACUAGCGUCCCCCAGGGCUCUGGUGCCGGUAUCCACUGGCAAGUCGGCCAGGCCACCAGCUUGCAGAACAUCCGCUUCGAGAUGGUCAAGGGUGGUGGUGACGCCAACAAGCAGCAGGGUAUUUUCAUGGACAACGGAUCCGGUGGCUUCAUGUCCGAUUUAACCUUCAACGGCGGUAACUACGGCAUGUUCCUUGGUAACCAGCAGUUCACUACCCGUAAUUUGACUUUCAACGGCUGCCAUACUGGUAUCUUCAUGAACUGGAACUGGGCGUGGACCUUCAAGUCUGUUCAGAUUAACAACUGUGGGGUUGGAUUGAACAUGUCUACUUCGCCUUCCAAUCAGACUGUCGGCUCUGUGAUGCUGCUCGACAGCAAGUUGACCAACACUCCCACUGGUAUUGUCACUGCCUGGACCAAGAACAGCAUCCCUGUCGGUGGUGGUGACCUCAUUCUUGACAACGUGGACUUCUCCGGCUCCAAGGUUGCCGUUGCUGGCGUUGAUGGUAAAAGCAUCUUGGCUGGUGGCUCUGUCGUCGACAACUGGGUCCAGGGUAACACUUACACUCCCUCCAAGACUGUCAAGCGUGCCACCGAGGCUGAGUCUGAGGUGGUCACCGUCGUUCAGACUGUCAUGCACACCGUCUUCGCCUGCCCCGCCUCUCACGGAUUGGCCAGUGCUAGUGAGAGCGCUCCUGCUCCUGCUAAGACCGCUUCCAUGGGCACUGCUGCCGCUCCUUCGCCGGUUCCAGCUGUCAGCAGCAAUGUUGCCGAGCUCCCUCUUACCACUGGUGAACCUGGAAGGUCUGUCGUCGACUCGUCUAACACCGGUCUGCCUAUUCUGGACACUUUGAACUCUCUGCUCGGUGGUGCCUCGGACACUCCCGAGACUUCUGAGGCUGUUCCUGCUGCCCCUGCUACCAGCCAGACUCCUGUUGCCUCUCAGGUCCCCGUCGUGUCUCAGGCUCCCGCUGUCUCUUCUGCUACCGGUUCUAUCGUUCAGCAACCCGCCGGCACCGCUAUCAACACUGCCCCCGUUGCCACUGCCACUGGUACCACCCAGAGCACCAACGGCGGCUCUGGAUCUACCUCUGAGUCUGGCAGUGAUAGCAGUGGCGGUACUGGCACUUGCGGUGCCCAACACGCCGUUUCUUCUGCUCGUACCCAAAGCACUAUGAAGGUUGCCUCCAAGCCCGCAGGUCUUCUCAAGAACGGUGCCGUUUUCGAACGCUCCAAGCCUCUCUACGAGGAAAUUGAGGCCUCCAACUUUGUCAGCGUCAAAUCUGCUGGUGCCAAGGGUGAUGGAACCACCGAUGACACCGAGGCUAUCCAGAAGAUUUUCAACAGCUACAAGGACGGUCAGGUUAUCUACUUCGACCACGGUGCCUAUGUCAUCACUUCCACCAUCAAGAUCCCCAAGAACAUCAAGAUCACUGGUGAAAUCUGGCCUAUGCUCAUGGCACACGGCAAGAAGUUCGCCGAUCAGGAGAACCCCGUUCCCCUCUUCCAGGUCGGCCAGAAGGGCGAGACCGGCUCUGUGGAGAUGAGUGACCUCAUCAUCACUACUAAGGGUGCCGCCCCUGGUGCUAUCCUCAUGGAGUGGAACCUUGCCGGCGCUUCCCAGGGUUCCGCCGGUAUGUGGGAUGUCCACUUCCGUAUUGGUGGUGCUGCUGGCACUGAGCUCCAGAGCGACACUUGCCCCAAGACCCCCAAGGAGAAGACCACCCCCAAGAAGGAGUGCAUGGCCGCCUUCAUGCUCCUGCACGUCACCUCCAAGGCCAGCGCCUACAUCGAGAACUGCUGGUUCUGGACCGCCGACCACGAACUCGACCUCGAGGACCACAACCAGAUCAAUGUCUACACCGGCCGUGGUGUCCUCAUCGAGUCCCAGAGCCCCGUCUGGCUGUGGGGUACCUCCUCCGAGCACCACCAGCUGUACAACUACCAGGUGUCCAACGCCAAGCAUGUCUUCAUGGGUCUCAUUCAAUCCGAGACCCCCUACUACCAGUCCAACCCUACCUCCCUGACCCCCUUCACUCCCCAGGACUCCUGGAAGGACCCCGACUUCUCCAACUGCACGACCAACUCUUGCCGCAAGGCCUGGGGUCUGCGUGUUCUGGAGUCGUCUGACGUCUUCGUCUACGGCGCCGGUCUCUACAGCUUCUUCGAGAACUACGCCCAGUCCUGCCUCAACGCCGAGGACUGCCAGGAGAAUAUGGUUGAAAUCGACUGCUCGGAUAUCCACCUCUACGGUCUCAGCACCAAGGCUGCCGUCAACAUGGUCACCUCUUCCCAGGGCAAGAGCAUGGUUCCCCAGAAGCCAAACAAGAGCAACUACUGCUCGACCAUCGCUCUCUUCCAGCAGACUGCCUAG